AUGAAUGAGGCUUUGCCCACACCACAUCCAAGGUAUGUUCACUACAGCUUCUUCAAUGAAAGGCUCAAUGGGGGUUGGUUUGACUCUUCCAACAGAGAUAUCCCAGUUGAUGAGGACCAGAGGAACACCAGCCUGAGUAAGUCCAUAUUCAGGAGCAGAGAACAGAACAUCAUCUCUCCAGAAAGGCUAUUGUACAAGCAGCCCAGUGUCUUGGUGGGUCGUACUGAUGUGGUGGCAGUCACCCCGUGGUUGGCACCCAUCGUCUGGGAAGGAACCUUUGACCCUGACCUCGUCGACACAAUCUACAAGUCCAUGAACCUCACCAUAGCAACCACAGUGUUUGCCGUUGGAAAAUCGGUUGGCAGAAUGUCUCUGCUGCUUUGUUGUGUUGUGAUGGCUCUGCACCUCGCAACAGGGCUGGAUGCUGCCCCGGGGGUGGUGAACACUACAGAGGAGGAGGUGGAAGGGGUGGACUCCCAGUCACCAUGCCCAGCCGGGUGGCAUCAGAAUGAGCAUCGCUGCUUCUCCUUCUACCCCGUCUGGGCCACCUGGGCCACUGCAGAGUUAUACUGCUCCCAGCACAGAGGGAACCUGGUGUCGGUUCACAGCCCUGGUCAACAGGUGUUUGUCCAGGAUCUGGUCAGGAGACACACAGACCAGCCGGUCUGGAUAGGAGGCUACGAUGCAGCUCAUGUACAUGGGGUCAAUAAUUCAUCAGAGGGGAUGUGGCUGUGGAGUGACGGCUCAGCUGUUGACAGUUUCUACUGGGAGGAGGAUGAGCCCAGUAACUCUGGACAGGGGGAGAACUGUAUGGAGCUACACACUGGAGGUGGGCAGGGCUGGAAUGACCUGUCCUGUGGAGAGCUGAGGUUCUAUGUGUGUUCUAUGGAGACAAGAUCUGAUUUAGCAUCAUUACCAAGUCUGAAGAAAUCACAUGAGAGAGAGCUGGUUGACGAGGUGAGUAUUUAUGAUGUCCUGUGGGAGACCAGUGAGAGAGUAGCAGAUGAGAUCCUCUACUCAGCCUUCCUCAGAGGGAUGUAUUCCAGACGUCUGCCUGCCCGCUGCUAUGCUGACUUCUGCCACCAGGAGGUGCUAUACCUGGACAGAGUCAUCCCCAUGCUGCGGCUGCUGAUCAGAACAGUCCAGGGUCCUCCAGACAUCAUGCUGUUUCUCCAGAGAACACAUCAACGCUACCAGGAGUCUCUGAAAGAGGCCCAGAACCAAACUCCACCACACCUGAACCUGUCCUCCAUCCAGCCCUCUGCAGCUGUGCGUCAGUACCUCCAGAGCUUCCAUGACAUUGUGAAUGAGGAGCCCAUCUACUGGCUGGUGUCUCUUCUGCCCAGAGCCCUCCUCAGACCUUACCUGGCACAGAACCUGCCCCUGGGAGAGAGGACCAGACCAGGCCCCAGCCCCUGCCUAUACCCCUGGCUAAGCCUCUUCCCCUGCCCAUGCUACCAGUGGGGGGGAGAUGACAUGAAGCCAGACCAGAGGAACCAGAAGGACAAGUCAGGGACAUAUUACAGGCAUCUACUGGAGAAGUACCAGGAUGUGAUAGACGUCUAUAAGGCUGUCAACAUCUUCAGAGUCCAGAUGAUCAACGAGAAGACUCUCUUCACCUCCAGCUGGUUUCCCACUGGUGACGAGGAGGAAGAGGAGGACCAACCCAACCUGUGGUCUGUGGAGUCUGGUCCUGACGUUAGGGUGAAGCUGUAGCAGUGCAGCUGUAGAAUACAGGGAGCUGAGUGUGUAAGGCUGUGUGUUGCUGGUUUUCACACUGGGCAGGACUGUUCCUCUUGUCAGACAUAUUCUACUUUUAUGUUGGAAACUUCUCCAAAAUAACUACUGUUCAGGCUGUAUCAACACAAUAACAUAAUGAAUGUACACAUUUAAUUAUUGUCAACAAAGGGGCUACAAUGAAAUAAAAAACAUUUAGGUAAUAAAAUCAUAGAAUGAAA